GACUCAUUCUCACCACAUCCGGCAAGCCAACACUUCACAUUAGUCACAUAAACGAAAAAAAGGGUGAAAACGAAUAAAUUAGUAACUGGAAAGUCCCUACUUUUAGAGUGUUUAGAAGAAUUCCCUAACAGGGAACACAGCCACAAGAUUGCGAACCAAGCUGCAAAAACCCAACCAGAAAUGGAGGCUAUGCGCACUCGAACCACCAGGAUCAAAUGCACUACGACGUGCCCAAAGGCCGAGCAGAAUCAAGACGUUAAGUUUUCCGAGGACGAGAAAAAGACCAUUAACGAGCUGAAGCAACUAUACAUGGAGACAAUCAACUUGGACGUGGCCUUGCAGCGAGACAUUUACAAUAUGGAGAAGUCGUACGAGGACAAACACAACCUUAUAUUCGAGAAGCGCAAACAAAUCCUAGAAGAAUUCCGAAAACAAAAUCACGGCGACUCUACGCCAAAUGAAAAUGUCAGCAACUUUUGGCUGAAGGUUCUGAAGGCUUCAUACACAGAGUUUAUUAGCAAGAAGGAUGAAAAGAUUUUGGCCUCCUUGUGUGAUAUUCGCGCCCGUCUUUUCAAUGAUCCCGUCGUAAAGUUUGACAUUGAGUUUCAUUUUGACCCCAACGAAUACUUCACUAACCCAAUUCUGACCAAGACAUAUUUCCUUAACUGCUUGCCGGAUCCAGACGAUCCGCUCUCGUAUGACGGAGCUGAGAUAUUCAAGUGCGAGGGUUGCACCAUUGACUGGAAGUCGCCCAAGGAGCGCGAGAAGAAAGAGGAAAUCGAGCAGUCCUCAUUCUUUGACUUCUUUGCGCCACCUCUUUUGCCUGAAGAUACAGAAGAUCCAAAUUACUGCGACAUCAAUGCUAUUCUGCAAAAUGAUUUUGAGCUGGGCUUUUAUCUCAAGGAGCGAGUCAUUCCCAAGGCUGUGAUCUUCUUCACCGGAGAAAUUGCAGACUGUCAGAGCUCAAGCGAUUCGGAGUCGGAGACCGACGACACUGAGGACGAAUCGGAUGCCGGGGAGGAGGAAGAGGAGUCCUCGAACGGCACAGACAAGUAACUCACAUCCCAAGGUCUAGUCUCAAUUUUCUACAUAUUUUAUACACUUUGUUACGCCAUUUUUUAACACCGAUUUCCCACACCGAACCACCAAGCAAUUGAAUGGUCUGUCCUUACAUGUAACACAAAUAGCUACCAAAUACACAUUUCUUUAGACGUAUACCAUA